AUGGGGCUGGGAGAGGCAGGAGGGGACACGGUGGCCAACCUGGGGCUUCAGGAGGGGCUGCUCCAGGCCCACCCCAUGGGCGGGGGAGGGGCAGACGAUGGGACGACGUUACCGGCCCCCGAACUCGAGCCGGCUGUUUUGGACAAGGAGCUAGAGGUGCCUUCUGGGCGCUGCCGGCGGCCCCCUCCUCCCUCGGGAGCGCGACCGGCCGGGCCGGGACGUGUAGGGUGGGGUGUAAGCAGCUUUAAGGGCCAGCGCCAGCGGCUGUUUCUAUCCCAGGAAAUCCCCAAGCCAUCUGUGACGAAGGGGCUUGACACCCAAGAGGACAGGCCCUCCGCGGGAGGGGCAGGCCCAGGUCGGCUGCCGGUGCCUGCCGUGGGGCUCCUCCUACCCACCGCUCGGCCCCAGGUUGUGAUGGCGGAGGCGUCCGCGGCCGUGGAGCUCCGUGGGUUGCCCCCCGACGUGCCGGAUGAGCUGCUUACGCUCUACUUCGAGAACCGGCGGCGCUCUGGGGGAGGUCCUGUGUUGCGCUGGCAGAGACUGGGCUGUGGGGGCGUCCUUACCUUUCAAGAGUCCGCAGACGCCGCGAGGGUCUUGGCACACGGGGAGCACAUGCUGCACCAGGCGCGACUCAGCCUGCGGCCGGCCCCGCCCCGGGCCCCCGGGCGUCUGCUGCUGCAAGGGCUGCCUCCCGGUGCCGCGGCCCCGCGCCUGGAGCAGCAUGUGCAGGCUCUGCUGCGCGCAGCCGGACUCCCACAGCAGUCCUGCCUUGUCCUGGCCAGCACUUGGCCCGACUGUGCGCUGGUCCAGCUGUCGGCGCCCCUAUCGGAGGCAGAGGUUGGUGUCCUGGAGGAGCAGGCCCGGCUGCUGGGCCUGGACGGCGCUGCAGUGACCUUGGCCCGCAUGCCCCAGACCCGAGCCGUGCGGGUGUGGGGGGACACGCGGCACCCAGACCCGCUGCUGCUGGAGCUGUACCUGGAGAACGAGCCCCGCAGUGGCGGGGGGCCGCUGGAGGACCUGCGCAGCCUACCUGGGGCCCUGGGCACUGUUGUCUCCUUCCGACAGUGGCAGGUGGCUGAGCGCGUGCUGCAGCGGGACCACUGGCUGCAGGACUCCAUGCUGCACCUCAUCCCCCACUAUGACGUGCUGGAACCCCAAGAGCUUGCUGAGGAUGCCCGUAAAGGGGACUGCCUCGCCUGGCUGUCUCCUGAGGCAUCUGAGCACACACUCCUGGAGGCUGGAGGGCCGGCGAGGGCUCUGGAGAGCAGAGGGACUGUGACAAAGACAGACUCUGUGGAGGCGCCAGGGCGAUCAGAGGCCACUCUGAGGCUGGGACCCGUGGAGCUACUGGGGCAGGAGGGGCCCGUGAGCCAGGGACCCGUGGAACUGCUGGGGCAGGAGGGGCCUGUGAGCCAGGGGCCCGUGGAGCUGCUAGGGCAGGACCGGCCCGUGAGCCAGGGACCCAUGGGGUCUCCAAGUCAGGAGGGGCCCGUGAGCCAGGGACCCGUGGGGUCUCCGGGUCAGGAGGGGCCCGUGAGCCAGGGAUCUGUGGGGUCUCCAGAGCAGGAGGGGUCCAUGAGCCAGGGACACAUGGAGUCUCUGAGUCAGGAGGGGCCCGUGAGCCAGGGGCCCAUGGAGCUGCUGGGGCAGGACCGGCGCAUGAGCCAGGGACCCAUGGGGUCUCCGAGUCAGGAGGGGCCCGUGAGCCAGGGACCCGUGGGGUCUCUAGGUCAGGAGGGGCCCAUGAGCCAGGGAUCUGUGGGGUCUCCAGAGCAGGAGGGACCUGUGGGGUCUCUGGGGCAGGGGAGACCUGUGGGGUCUCUGGGGCAGGGGGGACCUGUGGAGUCUCUGGGGCAGGGGGGACCUGUGGAGUCUCUGGGGCAGGGGGGUGCAGUGGAGAUGGUGCUGUCAAUGGAGCCAGGGGCGCUGCGCUUCCUGCAGCUCCAUCACGAGGACCUUCUCGCAAGCCUGGGAGAUGUCGCCCUUUUCCCCCUGGAAGGGAUGGAUGUGACUGGGUUUCGGCUCUGUGGUGCCCCGGCCCCGUGCCAGGCAGCCGAGGAGCUUCUUCGGAGCCUGCUGGGCAGCAUCAGCUGCCACAUGCUGAGCCUGAGGCACCCGGGCAGUGCCAGCUUCCUGCUGGGCCCAGAGGGGCAGUGCCUCCUUCAGGGACUGGAAGCUCAGUUCCAGUGUGUCUUUGGGACAGAGCGGCUGGCCAGGGCCACCUUGGACACGGGCACUGAAGAGGUGGACCCCACGGAGGCCCUCCAGGCCCACACCCUGUUGCCCCAAGACAGUGCAGGCAGUGACCAGGGGAACGUGAGCCUGGAGGAGGUCCGAGAGCUGCUGGCCACCCUGGAGGGCCUAGACGGGGAGGAGUGGCUGCCCCUGGAGCUGGAGGAGCAGCAGCCCGAGGAGGAGCCUCCCCGGGAGGAGGAGGAAGCAGCAAGUUCGGGGUGCUUGGUGGAAGAGCCUGCACCCAGGGCUGGGGAGGAGCCUGUGGCCCCCACUACCAGGGCUCCCGGGCGGCUGGAGGAGGAGGCUGCGCUGCAGCUGGCCCUCCACCGGUCCUUGGAGCUGCAAGGCGUCAGGGCUGAGCAGGAGGAGGCGGCCACGCUGCAGCAUGCCCUGGCCUUGUCCCUGCUGGAGCAGCCUCUGUUGGAGGCAGAAGAGCCUCCGGGGAGUGGGGCAGGCGGGCCGGCCCAGCUGCUGGUGCACUUGGCCUUCGAGCAGGACGUGGAGGAGCUGGACCGGGCACUGGAGGCCGCCCUGGAGGCCCACCUCGGGGAGGAGACGGUGGACGCCCGGGGCCGAGUGCUGCCGGCAGAGGUUCAUGCCCAGCUGGAAAAGUGCCACGGCGUGAGCAUUGGCCUCCACGGGGACUGCGCCGUCCUCCGUGGCUUCGGGGCCCAGCCAGCCCGCGCAGCCCGCCACUUCGCAGCGCUGCUGGCCUGCCCCGGGGAUCAGAGUGAGGCCUUUCUCCCGGCGGCCCCGAGCCCCUGCACACCACAGCCGAGGCUGCAGGGCCUCUCCAGCAGCGGGCUAGAGUGUCUGGCUGAGAGCUCCGAGGAGUUCCAGAAGGUGGUGCGGGCCUUCUACGACACCCUGGACGCUGCCCACAGCAGGAUCUGCAUUGUCCGCGUGGAGCGCGUGUCGCACCCACUGCUGCAGCGACAGUACGAGCUGCACCGGGAGCGGCUGGAGCAGCGCUGUGAGCGGCGGCCGGCCGAGCAGGUCCUGUACCACGGCACAUCUGCGUCUGCCGUGCCCGACAUCUGCGCGCACGGCUUCAACCGCAGCUUCUGUGGCCGCAACGGCACGCUCUACGGGCAGGGCGUGUACUUUGCCAAGCGCGCCUCCCUGUCGGUGCAGGACCGCUACUCGCCGCCCAACGCCUAUGGCCACAAGUCGGUGUUCGUGGCGCGGGUGCUGACCGGCGACUACGUGCAGGGCCACGGUGGACUGCGGGCGCCCCCUCUGAGGGCCUCUGGCCACCCCUCCCUGCGCUACGACAGCGCCGUGGACAGCCUCCGCCGGCCCAGCAUCUUCGUCAUCUUUCACGACACCCAGGCGCUGCCCACCCACCUCAUCACCUGCAAGCACAUGCACCAGGCUGCCCCCGGGAACUCCUCGGGGCUUUGGGGCUAUUCCCCAACCUCCUGACCCAAGAGGCACCCCGUCCUCCGUCGGCCCAGCCACUGGCUUCCUGCCUUCCAAGCUCCCCGCUCUGUGUAGCCUUGCUGCUCCCACGCCGCUGAGCUGCCCCCGGGGGCGCCCCAGCCUCCAGCAUCCGGGCGGGGACA